AUGCAGCAUCAGUCCAGUGAUUGUGACCUCACCUGCCCAAUGCUUAUUAUCCUGAGGAGUGGGCCAGCAAAAGCUAGUUGGGCUGAGCUGGCCUUCGGGACAUCUCAGCUCCUUCCACUGAUGCUUGUAUGCCUGCCUUUUUCCAAGCAUUUUUCAUCAUUGGCAGCAGCUACAAGCCUCACCAAAACGCUUUUGACAGCUCAAGUCAUUGCCAAGGGAAUGGCUCUGCCACAAAGGAUCCUCUUUCCCCCAGAGAAGAUAUGCAUGGACUGGCACCAAAGACAGAGACCUGGAGCGGGACUCCUCAACCUGGGCAAUACUUGCUACAUCAAUGUCAUCCUGCAGUGCCUGACAUACACACCCCCUCUGGCCAACUACCUGCUCUCGCAUGAGCACAGCCAGUCAUGUCAACAGCAAGGCUUCUGCAUGAUGUGCGUCAUGGAAGUGCACAUUAGGAAGGUCCUGUAUUCCUCAGCCAGUGCCAUCCUGCCUGGGGUUGUCCUCAGGGACCUCAAAUUCAUAGGAGAAGAAUUUGAGUAUGGCAGGCAGGAAAACGCCUACGAGUUCUUACGCUGCGCUCUCAAUGCCAUGCAGAGAGCUUGUCUGAGUGGCAGCAGCGACUCGGACAUCUCUUCACAAGAAACUACCAUCGUCCAUCAAAUAUUUGGGGGCUUUAUGAGAUCCAGAGUCACAUGCUUGAGCUGCCAAGCAGUUACUGAUUCCUACAAGGCCUUCCUGGAUGUCUCUUUGGAUAUCAGAGCAGCCUCGUCCCUCACCACAGUUCUGGAGGACUGUGUGACACCCAAGGAGCUGGAUCUGAAAGAAUGUUUCAAAUGUAGCAAGUAAGAUGAUUCCUGAUGACAUAAUAACACCAGAUCCUGCAUGAGGGGAGGCUGAAUGUCAUCGAACAGAAAUCAUCUCAUGGAGGUUUAAUGCACAACAGUGAGACACAGCUUUUUUAAUGUGGCUCGGAAUAGCCUUAAAAUAGCAUAAGGAUGAGCGAGACAGAAAAGGUUGUCUGGCCUUCUUGGGGGAAGAUCAGGUGCAUUUCAGCACUCGGCUCUGUGCUUGGUUUCAAGGUGUAAGAAGAAGGUUGCUGCCUCCAAGAGGGUCACAAUCCAUCAAGCACCCAGAGUCCUCACAUUAUGUCUGGAAAGGGCUGACCAAUGGACUGGCAAGAAGAUCAGCAAGUUUGUGGACUAUCCUGAGUACUUGGAUCUUCGGCCAUACAUGUCUGACACAGCUGGAGAACCCCUCCUCUGCUCCUUAUAUGCCAUCGUGGUGCACAGUGGUGACACCUGUCUUGAAGGACACUUUUUCUGCUACACGAAGGCCAGCAAUGGACUGUGGUACAAGAUGGACGAUGAGUCUGUGGAUAGUUGUGACAUCCACACAGUUCUGGGGCAGCAAGCAUAUUUGCUGUUCUAUGCCAGGUGCUCCAAUUUGAAAAUGGGAGAAAUGGCGGCUUCCUCACCAGCACCAUCAUAUGUCCAUUCCAUCCUCAGUCAGACGGGGGGCAGCAGUGAGCAGGCAGGUUCUGCAGGACCACAGGCUCUGCCUGGUAGGAUUAAGGUGACACACAGCCAGAGGAACAGUGCCAGGGAGAGGGCCCGGAGCAGAUCCCCGCAGUGGGGCAAUGAUCUCUGCUUCAUGAACAGCACUGACUACGACAACUCAACAGGGAGGAGGAGGAAGAGAACUAGUUCUUUAGGCUGUAACCACGCUCCCAGGGAUAACACAGCUCCAGGGCUCUCCGACUGGAUCUGCCAGCGGACACCUGCACCCAGUGCUGCUUGGGUGCAAACCCUGCCAAUACGGAGAUCCUCAUGGCGAGGCUAUGAUAUCUGGAGCCAGGUUGUGGAGAUCACAAACUCUCAUCAAUCAGUGAGGAGGUUUGAGCAUCGCAGAGAUGCAUGUCAGACAAACACAGUAUGAUGAGGCCAGACUGUCAGCCUGGAUGAGGGAGCAGCACAGCAUCUGAAAUGAACAAAACUGACACUCAACUGGAAUGAACAGGCAGAAAAGCCAAAGCCAGAAUUAAACCCCCUU